AUGGCCAAUUCUUCACGCUCACAGGUCCUCCUAAUGUGGAAGCCAGACAAGGUUCAAAACAGGCCCUACAGUGACGAGAAGCAAACACUCACUUCAAGACUCUUGCGUGACACUGAGACCUGUCGACAGAAUUUUAGGAAUUUUUCAUACCCAGAUGUGGCAGGGCCCCGGAAAGCGUUGAGUCAGCUCCCAGAGCUCUGCCUUAAGUGGCUGAGACCUGAGGUUCACUCCAAAGAACAAAUCCUGGAGUUGCUGGUGCUGGAGCAAUUCCUGACCAUCCUGCCUGGGGAGGUUAGGGCUUGGGUCAAGUCUCAGUACCCAGAGAACAGCGAGGAAGUGGUGACUCUGGUGGAGGAUGUUACUCAAAUUCUAGAAGAGGAAGCUCCUCAGAAUCCCACCCUUCCCCAAGAAGUCCCAGAGGAAGAACCCAAACAUGCUUUCCAGGCAGGGUGGUUCAACGACCUGGUGACCAAAGAGUCAAUGACAUUCACAGAUGUGGCUGUGGAUAUCACCCAAGAGGACUGGGAACUGAUGCGCCCCGUUCAGAAGGAACUGUAUAAGACUGUGACUCUACAGAACUAUUGGAACAUGGUUUCUCUAGGACUGACCGUCUACAGGCCAACUGUGAUUCCCAUCUUAGAAGAGCCAUGGAUGGUGAUAAAAGAAAUUGUAGAGGGCCCUAACCCAGCAUCACACUCUUAGAAUAUAAAGCAGAGCUUCAUUUUGCUCCUUCUUGUUUCUCCAGUGCCUUGCAUAUGA